AUGGCUCUUCUGGCUGAGGAAGCAACCUCCGUUUGUCGGCUCGGCUCUCCCCAUCCGGACGAGGAUGCAGCCGCGGCCUCUUAUGGUGAAAAGUUGCCUCCUACGAUGCCUUCAAUGGAAGAAACGGGCCCUGAAAGUCAGGGUUUGUCCCCUUGUGAACCGAGUCCCCUUGCCCUUGUGCCAAUGAAAAAGGCAUCCGCGGGAAGGUUUCAUCCGGCUCGCGAUUUGAAGUCUGGCAUCAGCGAGAGGCUUCAAAAUCGUCUUCGGGAAACCAUCGAAGUCAGCUGCUCAUCCGCCCAGGAGGUUCAUCCGGAGGACAGUGAGACGGUGAUGGCAAAAGAGAAUCUAACCGACCCGGUGCCGGUUCCAAAUGAGGGUUCGCCCGCAGAGACCCAAUCGGUCGUGAAUGAUGGAGGCCCGGAUCCAGAGGAGGAGUCAAACCAUACUGCCUUGUUAGAGGGGAGUCUCGUUGAUGAUGCUGCUUGCAUCUCCACUAGUCCUUUCAGCUAUGCGGAGUUGGGAGAAAUGUUGAAACGGAUUCCACCCGGCUCAGAUGUUGCUGUGCCUUCAGCGAAAAUGUUUGAAACGGCGGAAAUGCUGGUGAGCGGUAUUCGCGGCAUGGUUCAACAACGCGAUCUUUUUUCAGUCUUGCUGCGGACUGCCGAUUAUAUGAAGGCCUUCGUCUCCCAGUGCAUGAACGGUAAAGAGGAACUGUGCUUGAGAUUGGAGCAAGCCGAAGCCAGCUUAUCCGUUGCCCGGAGAGCCUCUGAAGAGAGUGCUGAAGCUUUGAAGAAGUCCUAG